AUGGGGAAUUCGGUUCCCUCAUCUUCAUCAUCAUUAUCAUCGGAAACUGUGAAUACAAAUAAAAACGGGGUUGAAAGUAUGAGUACUCCAAUAGGAAUAAAGAAUUUUGGGAAUACAUGUUAUAUGAAUGCUGGAUUACAAUUUAUAUCGGCAAUGGGGAUCUUUACGGAUGAGAAUUUUGGGAAUUUGAAACUGAACAAAAGUUCUUCAGAGGAGGUUUGUAGGUCAUUAAUAUCUAUUUUGACCCAACUGGGGAAACCAGGUAGGAGUACAGAUAUUAUUUCUCCUUAUCAGCUUUUUAAACAGCUUAGACAGCAAAACCCAGAACUUUUUAACCAAUAUCAGCAGGACGCCCAUGAAUUUAUUAUGUAUAUUCUAGAAAUAAUUCAUAAUGGGACAGUCAGGCCAUGUAAUGCUCCAAAGCUGUCUAAUGACGAUCUGGAGAAAUUGAGUAAGAAAUCAACUCGACCAGGAAAUGUCUUCUGGAACAACCACAUGAUGAGGAACAACUCGAUCUUGAACAAUACAAUCUGUGGACAAUUCAGAAGCAGAAUAACUUGUGAUAAUUGUGGAAGCAAUAGCGAUACUUAUGAUCCUUUUUGGGAUAUUACACUGGCUCUUCCAGAGGUUUCAGAUGAUUAUGAAAAGAUCUCAAUUGGGUCUUGUUUCAGGAAGUUUUUUGAGCAGCAACAUCUUUUCCAUGAAAAUGAUGAGCCUAAUUAUAAUUGUUCAAAUUGCAAGAAAAUGGUAAAUGCGACAAGAUGUAUAAAUAUUUCCCAAUUCCCAAAUGCCAUGCUCGUCACUUUAAAAAGGUUCAAUAACAGCGGGGAGAAGUGCAAUGGGAUUGUAUCUUUUAAAACUGCAGGGAUAAUUCUUAAGUCCUUGACAGAGAUUGGACAUUUCAAGUUAGUAGCUGUGCUUCAACACAAUGGAAGUACUCUCUUUCAGGGCCAUUACAUUUCCUAUGUUUUUAGGAAAGAGUUCAACGGUUGGUUCAAAUUUGAUGACGACAUAGUCACCUUAGUGGAUGAUAUCCUUGAGGAGGAUAUCCAGGCUUACUGUCUUCUAUAUAUUUUGGAGUCUAAGAGUACUUUAAACUCUAACUCUGACCAAGCUUAUUCUAUAGGCAUCAAGAAUCCAAGGAAUUAG